AUCAUGUUUAUUGGAAUACAUGUAUUUACGAAACUUUUGCUUUGGUAUACAAAUUUCCCCUUUCGUUUUAAUGUUUACGUCUGAACAGUCGGGGUCUUGGGAAGAAAGGCUGUGGUCCUGUCCUAAUGUUAUGGUCAUCCAAUCUAUUGGCAUAUUAUUGUAAUUUGAGUGUUUAAGGACACUUACCUAAGUACAAUCGACUGUGUUUCUUCAGAGAGAAUGUAGAACUAGCAUAAGAGGAGGCUGGAUCUGGGCAGUGUGCUGCAUAUUGUUUAGUUACAGGGGGAGAUGUCAUCAGCAUCAGACAAGAAGACAGUGCAAGUAGAAUGCAUGGUAUGCAUGGAAGAAUGGACCUUAAAGAAUCGGUUAAGAUUGCACUGAAGAGAUACGACACUGGGGACCUGUUUUCCAAUUUGCCAACUAUGCCUAAAGCCUCAGUGCUCAUUCCAUUGUUUGUGAGAGGACAGGAGCUGCAUCUGAAAAGCAAUGCUGGGGAAGUGUGCUUUCCUGGUGGGAAGUCUGAUCCAGAGGACCAAGACGAAGUCGACACAGCCCUGCGGGAAGCAAAAGAGGAGGUUGGCCUUCCACCUGAACAAGUGGAGGUGGUCUGCAAACUCUUCCCAAUCAUCAAUAAGAGAGGACUGCUGGUGACACCAGUGGUGGCCUUCAUUGAGGAGUCCUUUGAGCCUCAGCCCAACCCAGACGAAGUGAGCGAGGUGUUCACUGUGCCGCUGGAUUUCUUCAGGCAAGAGGCGGCCCACUCUGCCUACCCUGUUCCCGGCAUACAGGGACCCGUGCACAGUUUCCUCUACCCAGACCCCAGCACAGGAAGGCAGCAGCACAUCUGGGGGCUCACGGCUCUGCUGGCCAUCCUGGUGGCGACGCUGGGCCUUGAGAAGAAGCCAGAAUUCACUGUCGGAUUUGACCUGGAAAAUCCAUUGCCAUUUUUCCAACGCAGCAUUGAUCACAGACUAAGCAAACUGUGAUGUGUGAUGUGAUUCUGAGAGGUCUGCUGUAGCUACAGAAUGUGUAAUAUUGGUCAAAAUGUAUAAUAUAUAAUAAAACAAUUAUAAAAUAA